AUGGCACAAAACUUUGCUUUACCGUGUUACGACGGCACUAUCGUCAAAUGUUCUAACAACGAAUCUUGUCUUCAUGCAGUACCUGUUAGAAAAGAGCUCGAAACUGUUGGUUUUACAACAACUGAUUAUGAAAUAAACCAAUGCCAACCCGUGUUAUCUUUAGCCUUACUUAGUAAGGUUAAAGAUUCAAAGUUUGUGUUGGUGUUUUACUGUAAUCAUGUGAAAUCAUCUCUGGAGAAAAUACUCAAGCAAGAUCUUAAAUCAUUCCGUAGUAAAGUUAUCAUUGUAGCAAGAUCAACAGAUCGUCUCAGAAAAUUGACGGAUUUUACGCGUUUUACGGUGUUUGAAAGCAACAAAAUAAUACAACAUAUUCAACAAAUAGUAGAUAUGACAGAUCAAGAUAGGUACCCAUCUAUUGAUCAACUACAUGCAGACCCUCCCUCAAUUCCACAAAGAACGAAGACACCGUAUACUGAACAGACAAAUGUAAAAAAACUAGACACAUCACCUACUCUAGAUAAACUAGAAUUUUGUACGAAUACUGUUCCCAGUGGCUUUAUAAAUGCAGAAACAUUUGAUACCAGCGAUGCAGAAAACAGAGGAACACAUGUGCUACGCUCAUCUUGUAUCCCUAAAGUUUCACUCGUUUCAUCACAAAACGAUAUAAAACAACGCUUCAAUGGAGCAACAGAAGAAGAUAGAGAAGACCUCUCCAAACAAAUUAUGUCCUGUACUAUCAAAGAACUUAUCAGAAACGGGGAUUUUCUUGGGAUGAUUAAUCUAUUAGAUAUCGAUGAUCGCAGGAUUCAAACGAGUGUUUUCAGUGCAAUUGAUACAUAUCAGCUACAAACAAAUCUAUGCACUCGAUGUAUCAGGGUUACUGAAAUGUUGAAAGGAGUUAAACAUUUAUUUGAGUUAUGUAGGAAAUGGUCCGCUAAUCAAUUUGCUAUGGUUAGUUUAUUACCGUUAACUUUAGAUACGACUGCUGUUUUGUAUCUGGCAUCUUGUGUUAGUGGUUUAUCACAGUCAAACUUGGGACCAGAUAUACAGAUAUUUACCGAAAAUUCAUUAUCUGUGAUUAAUAAAAUUAUUUCAGACAAUUCUCUCUCUAGUCAGUGUCAAUAUUUGCUACUUUUUCUCCGAAAACUGCUGCAUUACAUGAAAUGUAUUGGCAUGAAAUCAAGCCCACUACAAAUGGGAAACUUCAGAGAUGCUUUAAUGAACGAGAGCAGCCGUGAUGAACUGAAAAAGAAAUUUGUUAAAUCAAUGACAUAUUUAGAACAGUAUUCCUUACUCAUGGUAGUUAUUAAUCAGAUUAUGUUGAAGACCGAGAUACAAAUUGUUGACUUUUUGUCAGACUUGUCAGUCAUUUUGCUUGACAAGGUUUUAAAGAAAUCUAUGCAGACCAUAUUUCCUCAGCUGUUGUUGAUAACGAAAGGCGUUGUACAGCGCUUAUGCAAAGGUUUACACUUGCCAAGAACAACCACCGAAUAUCAGAUGAAGUUAUGUAAGAUUAUAAACUUAUUCACUGAUACUACAAAGAUCAUUCAAAUGGACAGACUUUAUAUUCUUAAUCUCACCGAACCACUUCUCUUCAAAGAAACUAAAGACAUCGCGCAAAACAUGGUAUAUUUGUUUUCAAAGAAUAAUCACAGGUCAAAAGACAUAAGAGAUAAGGCCAGCAAACAUAUUGUUCACCAGUUAUCUGCAAUUAACUUCAAAAUAGACAGAGUUAUCCAACAGUCAGCCAAUGUGGGAUUCGAACCGGCAUGGGUAAAGUUUGGAGGGACAGUAUCUGAAGACAAAAAUGUUGUUCUUUAUGCUUUGAUUCCUACUCUUCAUUGUAUCAGUGAAGGAAGCAUGACAGACUACAAACAUAAAGCAAAAAAGGGUGAAACCAGUAAACAUUUGAAUACCCUAGAUAUCCUGAGACAUCUACAAGAUGAAAAGGUUCAUCAUAAUCUGAUUCAACUGAUUGCGUUUCAAUGUAGACCUCUACCAAUAUUCUAUAUAACAGAUCAGUCAAUAGAUUAUGACUUAAACACACAUCUUUUAGAUGCAAGAAAAGUAUGCAGAUGGAUUUCCUGCAGGGAAUUAACAACAAUGGUGUCCGAUGCUGUUGAUGCUGUUGGGUUUCUCCACAACAAGGCAGUCAUCCAUCGGAACGUGACGACAUUUGCCUUUAGCUUGAGGAAAAGCAAUGUUGUUUUGCACGAUUUCAGUGUGUCAAAGGUUUUAGGAAACAACACUGGAUUCAUAUCAGAUUUGGAAAACACUGAGAUACCUGUUUUAUGGUCAGCCCCCGAGAGUAUUUUAGAGGACCACUAUGAUACUAAAACGGAUACGUGGAUGAUAGGACAGUUUAUUUAUGAAGUGUUUACCCACGGUUGCCAUCCUUAUACUGAAGUGUACGGAACUCCAACUGAACAGCUGUUAGAAUAUAUUGUUUUUCAAGAUUUAAAGCCACAGAAAUGGCCAUGCAUCCCCAAAGACAUACAUGAUAUCAUAAUAGGAUGUUGCAUGACAAAUCCAGAGGACCGUAUAGAUAUAUGUAGGAUAGGAAAACUACUCAACAGUAUACUCAUUUCUCUUAAUGGAGGAAGACGUAAUUUGGUGUCACAUAUAUUUGAUGAAGACAAAAAAUACCCCGAAUUAGAUCUUCAGCAUGAUGUUCCUGAAAGGGGACUGCCUUCCUUGUUUGAACAGCUGAAACACAAUAACACACAGAACAGAGAUGUGAUUAGACAAUCGUAUUUUAACAUUAGAAAGUCACAAAGGCGCAUAUUAAAUGCAUUACAAAUUACGAAAGCCGACAUUAAGGCACCAGACCAACCUAUAAUUCAAGCAAAGCACAGUUUUAUUGCUGUUUGGGAACCAGUAACUAUCGAUUUUAUCCAGUCUUUACCUCAUCUCGACAAACAGACAUGUACAGAGGUACUACAAAUGUUAGAUACUCCAAGUAGAGAGGAAAGAAGAAAUAUACAUGGGAAUUAUCAAUUAUUACUGAAAUACAAACUUCAUAAAAGUACAAAUCUGUUAGAACUAGCAUUCAAACAUUUCUGUGGUGAUCCAGAUGAAAAUGAAUAUGAAUAUCUGAAGAUAGUACAAAAAAUAGUUAAAUUCAUUGGUGAGAUGCAUAGACGAAACUGGAUACUCAGAGAUUUAUGUGCUGAUAAUAUCUUCGUAUUGGAUACUAAUCAUGAGAUCACUAUGCCACGACUUGGUCGAAUGGUGUGGUUUGAUCCAAAUGGCGUCCUAGACGAUUGUAUUAUAGAUGAAGUCAAAGAGGACAGGAGACGCUGGUUACCGAUUGAGGUUCUUCAAAAUGGCCAGUACUCAAAGGAAGGUGAUAUCUACAUGUUUGCAAUGGUAAUUUAUGAACUUUACAUGGCGCUUGAUGUUCAUCAACAUGACAACAUGGCUAGCGAGUUAGAAUGUGCACCGUUUGCCACAAUUUCAAUUUCAGAGUUACUAAAGAACCUUUACAGCGGAGAAGUACCAAUGCAACCAGAUUCUUGUCCUAACUGGUUGUAUGAUAUUAUGAAGCUUUGUUGGAACAGAGACAGAACACGCAGACCAACUACUAAUUAUAUUCUCAAAGAAAUUAAAAGGAACAUGGAAACAUCAACAAAACAGGUCUCUAGCUACUCUGACCAAGAAAAGUACGAGGUGCCAGAGGGUUCAGAACAAGAAAGGGGUUAUGAACUUCUAAAUGAAACAAACAGUGUCUAUAGUGAAAACUAUGACAGCCUUGAUAGUGAUAACUGUGACAGCCUUGACAACAUCAGUUUAGACAAAUUUAACCCAGCUGUAGAAACAACAUGCCCUUGUCCAAUAAUUUCAAUUCCAAAAUCUGGUGAAACAAAUCCGUUUAAAUUAAAGGGACAACACACUGAUAGUUUCGAAUCUAGAACAAGUUCUUUUACGAGAGACAACGAACAGUUUUCAUGUAUUAAUAGCGACACCGAAUCUGAGCUGAGUACGUUCAAACAUCAUAAUGCACAGUUUGGAAAUACAUCAGCAUCUGAAAGAUCAUUUCGUAGUAAUGGUUUCAUAUGCGCAAAUAUCCUAACAUCAGAAAGAGAAUGUCAAGAUCAAUAUACGGAUGCAAAAUCACAAGAAACAAGUCACACGUUCAAAGGUAUUUCAUUCCAUCCAAACAGCACCUCAAAAAUAGAAGCUUCGGCAAGUUAUAUUAAUGGUGGUGCUGUUGGUUUUAAAGAAAAGGAUGAAAAGACCAAUGAAGGCAUAAACCAAAAUUGUAAGGAAGAUCAAUUUAACGGUAACAGUACAUCUAACACAAGUAGUUUUUACUGUCAAAUGGAUGUGAAUAGCCAGUCAUCGACCAAAUCAUCUUCAAAGAACACACGAAAACCAGAAACUUGUAAAACUUCCAAACAAUCUACAACACUAUGUAAUAUAAGGUCGCAAGACUUUCAUGGUAGGGAAUCGAGUUUGGCUUCUUCUUGCAGCAGCAACCAUUUCAAGGUACCAGCAAAGAUCAAUGGUGAAAAUACUUCUUAUAAAUCAAAACCAGAAAGUGGCAGAACAAAACCUAUCGUGUAUGCAGCAGAUGACGAUAAAUUCAGCGAUAGGUCUAUAGAAAGCAGCACGUACUGUCAUAUAGAUAAUACUGCGAAUGACGAUACCGAAAGUGAAUCAUACCAAGAUUCGGAAUCUCUAUCAAAUGGAAAUUUAUGUUCACUAUCGGAAGAUAACUAUUUAGAUGCUGUGUAUGUCAAAAUUUAA